AUGGCGAAAGUAGAAGGUGGAUAUCAAAUGACUUUGUCCUGGGUACCGUUGCAUGAAAAACACUUACCGUCGAAUGCAGUUUGUGCCGGUGAUAAUGUGUAUGUGGGGCGUGGUAUGAUGGGAUCUGAAAUGGUACCAGGUAAAUAUGUACAAGGACAUAGCACAUUGUACGUACCAUACGGUGGUCAGGAAGUCUCAGUUCACCAUCCAGAAAUAUUGUGCGUGACGGGUCAAGGAUACGGACAAUUUUAUACUUGGGAAUUCGCGAGAGAUGGAAAUGUACCGAACUCGUCUGUCUGUGCGGCAAUCGCUGGUGAUGGCAAUCCAGUAUUUGUUGCCCGUGGUCGAGUACAAGGGGAAGUAUGUGUUGGCAAGAUGCACGCCGGACAUAAUAGUGCCUAUUUCCCUUGGGGUGGUCAGGAGAUUCCCAUGCGUGAAUACGAGGUGCUAGUCUGGAGGAAGAAGAACUAA